UAUCUCUUUCUUUCUUUCUUUAUCCUUCAGACAGUAUCCAAUCAUUCUCAGCAGCCUGUCAGAAUAAAUUGAGCUGAAUAAUCAUGAAAGUCCUUUUCCUCCUUCCUGUGGCCCUCCAGGCUCUUUCUCUAGUCCAAGGUGCACAAUUCUCUUUCUCUAACACAGAAUCACACAAAGAAAAUAAUGGUCCUCUUUCGAACUUGCAUGAGGUAUUAGAAGAAGCCAGAGUCAAGUCUGGUAUCUAUGGAAUGAGCGUUGCCAUCCUCCACAAGGGCAAACUCAUCUUUGCUGAAGGAUUUGGAAAGAGAAAUGACCAUGAUAAAUUUACUGCAGAGACAGUGGCACCAAUUGCUUCCCUCUCUAAGGCAUUCACAGCUGCAGCUGUCGGAGAGCUAGUUGCAGAAGGGAAGAUUGAUUGGGACAAGACUCCUGUAUCCCAGUACUUGCCUGAGUUCCAAUUGAAGGACCCUGUGCUCACCUCGCAGUUAAACCUUCAGGACCUCCUCUCUCAUCGCACGCCUGUACCGAGCGUAGACCUCGGUUGGUUCUGGAGUACUGUCCCCCCAAGAGAGCUUAUCAAGCGCCUUCGUUAUGUUGACAUGGACCCCAAAUUGAAGCCUUUCCUCAACUAUAACAAUGUCAUGUACACAGUUGCGGGUGAGGCAGCUGCAAAUGCAGUAAACAUCUCGUAUGAAGAGCUUGUCGAAACCAAGAUCUUCAAGCCUUUAGGUUUAUCACAUACUGGUGUCUCACAAAAGACCAUGAGGAAAAAGGAACGCAAUUAUGCAUUAGGAUAUGAGGCAACAUCAUUUGAAGAUGCUCAAAAAGGGCGCUUCAGGUCUCUACCGGUCGAUAGCAUGGCCGGAGUGUCAGCCCCUGCAGGAGAUCUUUAUUCCAAUGUAUUGGAUCUGGUCCGAUGGGGAAAUGUCAUAAUGCGCCGUGGCAAGUCUCAAGAGGGGCAACAGGUCCUGAGCAAAGAUAGCGCUAAGGAGCUGUUGAGGGCUCAUAGCAUUGUAGCGUCGGAAGAUCAGGUUACAGAGUUUGGACCCGCAUUGGUAUACGGGCUUGGAUGGUUAAUAGACAGCUACAAGGGCAAUCCAAUCUAUUAUCAUAGCGGACAUGUUGCAGGGUUUUUCUCAAAUCUGUUUUUCAUGCCAGGCCAGGAACUAGUAAUUGCACAUCUUACAAAUACCGAUUUGGCCGAGCUGCCUAGUUUAUUACCUUAUUAUAUUGCGGACGAACUCUUCAAUCUCCCCCGAACUCAAGACUGGCUUAAUGACAAGGUCAUCAAUUCUACAAAACUCACAUUUGAAAGAAGAGGAAAAAUGGCUCAAGGAGACCUUCCUAAACGCGUCAGGAAUAAGCUCCCCACCCGUCCAUUCGAUGACUUUGUAGGCGUUUAUACUAAUCCAGUCUUUGGAGAUAUCGUCAUUGAAUCAAAAACUAACAGCAACAGCAGCAGCAACAGCAACAAUAACGAGUCUAAGGACCUGUUCUUCAAGUUCCAGGUCUACAGCGGGAAAUUAGAACAUUAUCAUUAUGACUCUUUCUUUGCUGGCUUGCAGCACUCAAGCUUCCGUAUCGGUGAACUUUUGACGUUCAUCACAGCAAAUGAUGGAAAUGUCAAAUCUAUUGAGGUCGAGCUAGAUGGCCUUAGCGAGGUCUUUUUAAAGAAGGAAUAGUGUUAAUAAUAACAAUAAUAAUAAUAAAGCAGCAUCCUAUGAAAGGUUUGAGGCC